AUGACUUUCUUUCUUUCUUUCUUUCUUCUACUUAUUGUUGUCCCUUUCUUUCUAUUUAAUUUAAUUUAUUCAUUCUCCCGUUCAUUCAUUCAUUCAUUCAUUCAUUCUUUCUUUCUUUCUUUCUUUCUUUCUUUCUUUCUUUCUUUCCCGUCAUCUCUUUCUUUCUUUCUUUCUUUCUUUCUUUCUUUCUUUCUUUUGAAUCAGUUCAAUGUUGUUUUUUUCUUUUCUUUCUUUCCAUUUAAUUCAGUUUCUUUCUUUCUAUUUCUCCGUUUCUUUCUUUCUUUCGAAACAAUUCAAUAUCAUUUUCUUUCUUUCAAUUUAAUUCAAUUUAUUUGUUUUUUCUAUUUCUUUCUUUCUUUCUUUUUUUUCUUUCUUUAUUUACCGUCUAUCUGUUUUUCUAUGCCUUUCUUUCUUUCUUUCUUUCUUUCUUUCUUUCUUUCUUUACUUCCUUCCUUUCAUCUCUUUAUUUUUGUCCCUUUUUUCUAUUUAAAUUAA